AUGGCCAAAGGCAAUCAUUCAGAGGUGACUGAAUUCAUCCACUUGGGACUCACAGAUAACUCAGAGCUUCAAGUCGUUCUCUUUAUUGUCUUCAUAGUGAUCUACUUAAUUAGCAUCAGGGGUAAUCUUGGCUUGAUGGUGCUAAUCCAAAUCAGUCCUCAGCUUCACACACCCAUGUAUUUUUUUCUCAACCAGCUGGCUUUUGUUGAUUUUUCUUUUACUUCUUCUGUCACCCCAAACACUUCAGUGAACUUUUUGUGUGAAGUUAAAAGUAUAACCUUUUAUGCGUGUACCACUCAGGUGUGUUGCUUUAUCACAUUUGUAGUUUGUGAAUUCUAUUUGCUUUCCAUCAUGGCGUAUGAUCGGUAUGUUGCUAUCUGCAACCCUUUACUCUACGUCAUCCUCAUGCCUAGGAAACUCUGUAUUCAACUGAUUGUUAUCACAUAUGUUUAUGGUUUUACUGUGGGUCUUGUACAGACAGUGGUGACAUUCUGCUUGUCUUUUUGUGACUCCAUUAUGGUCUAUCAGUUCUACUGUGAUGAUGUUCCUUUGGUUGCUUUGGCCUGCUCUGAUACCCAAAUCAAAGAACUGAUGUUGUUAAUCAUUGCUGGGUUCAAUACCCUUUGCUCUCUACUGAUUGUGUUAAUUUCUUAUGGCUUCAUUUUCUUUGCCAUCCUUAGGAUCUGCUCUGCGGAAGGAAGACAGAAAGCCUUUUCCACCUGUGUGUCCCACCUGACCUCCAUCACAAUAUUUUAUGGGACCAUUAUUUUUAUGUACUUGUAGCCCAAGUCAAGCCAUUCUCUGAACACCGAUAAAUUUGCUUCAGUGUUUUAUGUGGUGGUGAUUCCCAUGCUAAACCUUAUCUAUAGCUUGAGAAAUUAAGAGGUAAAAAACGUACUGAAGAGAAUUAUAGAAAAGUUGUGGUUGGCUAUCAGAUAA